AUGACGGAAUCUCAGCACGCGGACGCUCAGGCUCAGCAUGCGGAGGUCCCCGUAUCUGCAGACGAUGUGGCCGUCGCCGCCAUCAAGCCACAAAAGACCUCAAGCAAGAAAAACGAGUAUCGGCCACUCUGCUGCGGUAACUCCUGGCAGGAUCUGAUAAUCAUCCCCAUCUGUCUCAUGGGGGUCUACGCUCUGCUGGGCGCACUCUUCGCACUGUGCACACGCUCGGUACUGCAGACAGACGACACCAACACGGCACUCUGGGUGUUCUUCGUGUUCUACGUGUUCUUCAUCUUCAUGCUGGCACUGGUGCUCGGAACGGUAGCGUACAACCGCAAGAUGCUGAAAGCCCACCAAGAUGACGAGCCAGAAGAUCUAUAGAGCGAGAGACUCCACGACCUCUCCGAAGCGCCUUCGGUUGAAGGAUGCUGCUGCAAUGUCCUGAACUAGUGCUGUCUUCACCUUCCAGACGCUGGUAGAGCAUUGGAACACCAUAAUAAUACCGA